UUUUGAAAAAAAAAAACAUGGCUUCUUCUUUAGCUCUAAAAAGACUCACCUCCUUAAGCCUCGUCCCUGCUUCUGUACGCUUUAUAAUCCGUCCAACCGCCACAUUUCCGUCGGCCUCUCGCUAUUUUAACGCCACCGCUGCUCGCCACGUCGAUGACGAUGAAAAUGCGCGUGACUCUAACGCUUAUCACAUCACCCUCUCUCACCGCACUGACGUGGACAACCUGAGCCUAGCUCAGAAGAUGAUGGAUCGGCUCAUGACGAAUCGUCCCUGCCGUGGAACCAGAAUCCGACGUGGCUGGGAGCUCCAUGAGACUGACGAUGCUCUGAAUCUGCGCAUUGAGAUGCCAGGUCUAGCUAAGGAAGAUGUGAACGUUUCCAUGGAGCAGAAUACUCUGGUCAUUAAAGGUGAAGAGCCGAAAGAAUCGGGUCGAGAUGAAGAGAGUGGCAAGAAAUACUGUGGUAAGUUUGAUCUGGUGCCGGAGAAACUUUACAAGGGUGGUGAGAUUAAAGCUGAGAUGAAGAACGGUGUGCUGAAGGUUGUUGUGCCUAAGGUGAAGGAGGAAGAGAGGGGUAAUGUGGUACAUGUUAAGGUUGAGUAGAAUGAAAAAAAGUUAGGGUUUCUAUUUUGGGGAAUAGUUAGAUGGUGUAAAGUUGAUGAGUAGACUAGAGCAGAAUAUCUUGGAUCUUAAUGGUUUUUAAGUGCUUGCUAAUUUCUAAUCAAGUAGUAUUAUAUUUUAGUUUAA